UGGUAUGGCUUUAAGAGUUUACUACCACCACUGCUCUCUCUCUCUUUCUCUUUCUCUCGCUCUACAGAAAGUUUGGAGGCCAGGCGAGCUGUGGGAUACCGACGGAUAGGAAGUGACGGGACGGCAUGAAUUGCAGAGAAAAGGGAGACGGGAAUAUCAACACAAAGCGGAAUUAGGAGCAACGUGCGACCAUCGGACUGUUGGCUGUAGUGCAAGUGGAGGGAGAGGGAGAGGGAGAGGGAGAAGGAGAAGGAGAAGGAGAAGGAGAAGGAGAAGGGAGGGGGCUGAAAUGCGCAUGAUCUGAACAAACGCCGGAGCGAGAGACUUUCAGUGGAAGUGAGAAGCGGAGAUUUGAGUCUGAUUUCCAUGGCCGUGCUUGUAGUUCUGCAAAGUGCCGGCACACCGGGGACCGUCUGGAAGGGCGACCCGUGAACGAGAACCCCCCCCACACACACACACACACACACACACACACACACACACACACACACUUUGAAUAUGAAGGACAAGACUUUACGACCCAUUCCCAGAUCACAGUGAGCGGGGGACAUGAUCGCAGACCUUUGGAUCUUCGCCUCGAUUUUUCCCCCUCGGUCGGGCUACAAUUUGCGUCUUCGGGGAUGUUUGCGAGUUGCGUCUCUGCGGCUUCAGCUCGGAUACUGAGCCGGCUCUGCGCCCUGGUGCUGGUCGUCGCGCUGGGACUGGGUUCAGAGCUGCGGGUCCGCGUCCGGCUCGCGGACGGACUGGUGACCGAGGAGGUGUUGGAGGCGGACAAUGAGAGAGACUCGAUAUCGCUCGAAUUCAAGCAGGGAGACGGGACGCUCAUCACGUUUGUGGCGGACUUCAAACAGGAUGUGAAGAUAUUCCGAGCGCUGAUCCUGGGCGAGCUUGAAAGAGGACAGAACCAGUACCAGGCCCUGUGCUUCAUCUCUCGCCUCAGCCGCAAUGAGAUCAUCCCGAGCGAGUCCAUGGCCCGUCUCAGACAGAAAAACCCUCAGGCCAUUCGCUUGGCAGAGGAGCGGAGAGGAUUGGAGCAGCUGGAGAUGAGCGCCGCGGUCAAUCUAAGUCAGGCCUCUCAACUCAGCUCCCACAUCCACAACAUGUGCAGCGAGGCCCGGGAGGCCAUCUAUACCAGGGAGUCCGAUGUCAGACACUGGCUGGACAAAGGAGUGGAUGGCUCCAUAUUCGAGGUCCUGCCCCAAACAACAGAGGCGCCCAGCUUUCAGGCCUGUCACUCUACUAAAGACUUGUGGCAGCCCUGUCUCUGCACAUACAGCCUGCGUCUGGAGUGGUACCCAUGCCAGCUGAAGUACUGCCGCAGCCGGGACACCACAGGCAAAGGCUCAACCUACAAGUGUGGCAUAAAGAGCUGCAGCAAGGGCUACCAUUUUACGUACUACGUUCCCCAAAAACAGCUGUGUCUAUGGGACGAAGAGACCUAGCAUUUAGUUCUGGAUGGUUAAGAAAAGAGAGAUACUGUAUUUUCUCCCAGCCAAACUGAUGCUUCCCCACCCAAGCUAUUCAAAGUAAACACGGUAACACUGGACAUCGGUUUACGUGACAUGAAGUUCACCUUGCUCGAGUGGGGAGUGGAGAGAUCCAGAUGUUCAAGCUGAAACGGAAAUUAAUUCAGGUUCCAAUUGAGACCAAAACCUUAGAGGAAGGAGAGCUGCAGCACGUAGUUCUACGAGGACCCACUGACUUUCAGCCUUUUCUGGGGAAAUGACAUAUCGUUAUCAACUAUAAUGUGACUUUGCAAAGAAGCUGUCUCUUUUGUGCCUUUUUUUUGAAGUUAUUGUAGCAGAUUACAGAUGGAAACAACAAUAACCUCCCAAACAAGCUAUGGCAUGUACAAAGCUGGAUAGUGCAUUUCUGGUCGAUUUUGAAAACCAGCAAAGGAAGAACAGAGUCCCACUCUGAUCACACAAGUCAUACUGGACAAACAACAUCUACCAUCCUGGUGAAGGGAAAUUUGGGUGGUGGAGUUUUUUUUCCUAUAAAGCUCUGUGUAAAAAUGCUUUGUAGCCAGCUUGUUUUUAACAAUGUAAGCUGGCGGACAAAAGAAAUGCUUCUUCAAUGCUGGCUUUAUUUAUUUUGUUUGCAAAGUGAAAUUAUUGAGGACUUUUGUUGUGUCUUUUUGCAUUAAAUAAGCUCUUAGAGUCAAAACCACGAGUCCUCAGUAACAAUAGGUAUUCACACACAUUUCAGAGCAUUUAGACCUCUUGGAGUUUGGAUGUUGUUUAUAGACUCAUUCAAGUGUUCAUGGUUUACAUAGAGUUUGGAUAAACAGAUGUAUUAUAUUCUUAUUAUGAUAUCAGUAGUUCUGCUUUGCCCCAUCAAUACCAUACCACUCACAUUCUGUUUAAAAGUGCCAAAUAAACCAAAGUCAAAGAAAUUGCUGUCAAAAGAAGGGAGUAAUGUUUCAGUUUCUAGAACCUCACUCUAACUAGUGUUUUUCCAUGUCAGGAUUCAUAAAACUGUGGCCUUUUUAAUAAUAUAUACUGCCAUCUUCUGGUUAAACAAUGUUUCAGUUUAUUGUGUUUUCUGUCCCAUCCCAAUGGCAAAAUGUGUUUUGUUUUCAGUUUUGUCGGUUCAUCUCGGCAGUUAAAUGUCUAUAAUUUCUGCAACUCAAAUCCCAGAUAAUAUUUCAUGCGUAAUUCAAGAAGCAUUUUUAAUAACAAUGUUGGACCAAAUUUCGUUUUGUCUGUCUGUUCUUAAGAGAAGUAUGUUAAAGUAUGACCUCCAUCUUCAUUUCAGUCUUUAGUGCCAUGUCAAAAGAUAAUGUUGUGUUUUGUGUGUCAUGCUAACUAAAGAACCAAAUGAGUGGAACAUUUCUAUUUGUGACCUUUACUGGUGAUGAAGUGCCUUAACAUUUCCACUGAUAUAUUUGAUAUGUAAUUGUAGACAUUUUUUUCUAUGAAAGAGUUUUAAAUGUUGUAAAAAGUUGGAGAAAAUUAAGCAGUUAGGUAAUGUACCAUAUAUAAGAGUUUUACAUGAAUUUCAAUAAAGUCUUUCUUUGCACUGCA